AUGCCCUCGAAAUACGCUGAAGCGCACAAGUCAACCAACGGACCUGGGGAUGCCCGUCCGACGGCCUUGCAGAUCGUAGAAGAUGAAGGUCUGAUCGGUAAACUCGCCGGUAAGGUCUUCCUCAUCAGCGGCUGCUCCUCGGGGCUUGGGGUCGAGACAGCCAAAGCCCUGGCCACCACCGGAGCGACGCUCUAUCUUACUGCACGGAAUAUCCCUGCAGCGGAGGCGGCGCUUGUGGGUAUCUUGAAGCCAGGCCAGGUCGAGAUCAUUGAGAUGGACCUCAGCUCCCUAGCUGGAGUAAGAGCCGGAGCCGAGCGCUUCCUUGCGAAGAGUACACAGCUAAACGUCCUCAUUUGUAAUGCCGGCGUUAUGGCAAUCGCCGAUCUAACCACCACGGUGGAUGGUUUUGAAACACAGUUUGCAGUCAACCAUCUCGGGCACUUCUUGCUCUUCCAGCUGCUUAAGGACACGCUCCUGGCCUCAUCUUCUCCCAACUACUCAUCUCGUGUGGUGGCAGUCUCUAGCAGCGGCCAUCGUGGCGGUGGGAUUCGCCUCGACGACUACAGCUAUACCAAGCGGCCCGAUGAAUACAACAUGUGGGGCGCCUAUGCGCAGAGCAAGACUGCGAACAUCUAUAUGACCAACGAAAUUGAACGCCGCUUUGGCUCCCAAGGUCUCCAUGCCACCUCCUUGAUGCCAGGAGCUAUUUCGACGGGGAUCCAAAGAUAUCUUCCUUCGGAGGAGGCAGCAGAGUAUGCCCGCUCUACGUGGAAGACUAUGAAGAGUCCCGCGCAAGGAGCGGCAACCACGGUCCUGGCAGCUAUCGCAAAGGAAUUCGAGAACAAAGGUGGUGUUUACCUUGAAAAUUGUGAGGUGGCAGGGUUGUAUCCAGAUGAUCGAGAGUACGACCAUGUGCCCGACAUUGCGGGCUAUGCGGAACAUGCUUUCAACGAAGAGUUGGAACAUCAGGUUUGGACGGAUUCUUUGAAGAUGGUUAAUGGUGGAUCAGUUUUGUAG